UUUGAAAAUGAAUCACCUGAACAAUUUUCUACUCUGGAUAUUUUGUUUCUUAUCAAGAUUCACCCAUUCUUUGGGGUACGAUGAUUUAUCUGCUGGCAAGAAUGCUUCACAGGGUCCAACUUAUCUUGCCUGGAGGCCACAAUUUUAUGCUGCUGUCAAUGCUGUGGAUAGAAAUAAUAGUUCCUGUAUGAGAACUCGAGAGAUUGGUUCUGCGUCCCCAUAUAGGGAAACGUGGUGGAUGGUGGAUCUAGGAGACAUCUACAGUGUGUUCAAAAUCAGAAUUUUAUUUAAAGGUUAUGGAGAGGAAUUAGUUCAGAGACAAAGAGGCCGAUUUGCGGGAUUUGCUCUGUAUUUAUCUAACUCCACCAAUAAAGAUGAAGGGUAUAUGUGUUACAAAGACGGACCAGAGUUGCCUCCCUUAGACUUCACAACAACCUGUAUUGGAUAUGGCCAAUAUAUCACUUUUUAUAACGAAAGAUUAGAGAACUACACAUAUCCUGAGGGAUACGCAUAUUUAUCUUACACUGAAUUGUGUGAGGUAAUAGUGCAAGGUUGUAAAUUGGCUGGUGUCUAUGGAGAAAGAUGUCACAAAAAGUGCCCAGGGGGCUGUUAUGGGAGCAAAUGUAACAUUAUCACAGGGGUAUGUCCAGGAUGCAAGCCAGGAUGGAUAGGGAAUUACUGUCAAACACGAUGCGACUCUGGGCAUUAUGGUGAAUACUGUAUAAGUAAAUGCUCAUCCAAAUGCAUAAGUGAAUGUAGUCAUGUUGAUGGAACCUGUAUUUGUUCACAUGGACUGAGAGGAUCACCACACUGUACAACAGAAUGUCCAUCCGGGUUUUAUGGACCGAAUUGUGGCCAUAUUUGUAGUCAACACAGUAAGCUUAAUGAUACGUGCCACAGAAUUAAUGGAACAUGUCCACGCGGAUGCAAAGACUCGUUCAGCGGUCUUAGAUGUGAUAUUCCAAAUCAAAUAUACGAAAAAUCAAAUGAAUCAUCAAGUACAGCACUGAUGGCUGCAUUAGUUAUGUCUGGAAUUUUCAACGUAUUUUGCCUGGUUUUCAUUGCUGCUUUAAAAAGGAAACAAAUUGCAAAGAUUUUGAAAGGAAAGAGUGCUGGAUCACAAAAAUAUAUUUCAAGAACCGAGAUCCAUACAAACCAAUUGCAAGCAGAUGACAUCCACAAUUACCAGGAAAUUGGGGAAUCAGAAAAUAAAACCCAUUAUUCCAAUCUUCAGCUAAAAACAUUAUGA